UCAAAACUCACAAGCUAAGCUACAAUCUUAAAUCUCUUUCAUUUAAUUGGCAAAAGAAGAAGCAAAGAUGCUUCCAAUCUUUGGCAAUAAGAGCCAGAAAAUAAAGGGCACAGUGGUUUUGAUGCCCAAAAAUGUUUUGGACUUCAACGCCGUCGUUUCAGUUGGGAGUGGCGGUGUUGCUGGCGCCGUUGGUGGUUUUCUUGACACCGCCACAAGCAUAGUUGGCGGUGCUAUUGACGCUGCUACUUCCUUCUUAGGUCGCAGCGUCUCCAUGCAGUUGAUCAGUGCUACCAAAACUGAUUCAAAUGGAGAUGGGAAAGUUGGAAGCGAAGCGUAUUUGGAUAAACAUCUUCCAACGUUACCAACGUUGGGAGCAAGACAGGAUGCAUUCAGUGUUUAUUUUGAAUGGAAUGCUGAUUUUGGAAUUCCAGGAGCAUUUUACAUUAAGAAUUUUAUGACCGAUGAGUUCUUCCUCGUCAGUGUCACUCUUGAAGACAUUCCAAACCAUGGAACCAUUCACUUUCUCUGUAAAUCAUGGAUUUACAACUUUAAUCGUUACCACAAAAAGGGCCGCAUCUUCUUCGACAAUAACACAUAUCUUCCAACUGCAACACCAUCUCCUUUAGUAAAGUAUAGAGAAGAAGAGUUAAAAAAUCUAAGAGGAGAUGGGACUGGAGAGCGUCAGAUAUAUGACAGGAUCUAUGAUUAUGAUGUGUAUAAUGAUUUGGGCGAUCCAGAUCAUGGUAAUGCUCGCCCAGUCCUUGGAGGGUCUAGCACUCAUCCUUACCCUCGCAGGGUUAGAACUGGUAGAAAACCCACAAAGACAGAUCCUAACAGUGAGCAACUGGGCGAGAUUUAUGUUCCAAGAGAUGAAAAUUUUGGUCACUUGAAGUCAUCAGAUUUUCUCACCUAUGGAAUAAAAUCUUUAUCUCAGGACGUCAUACCUAUGUUCCAAUCUGCGAUUUUUGACUUAAGUGUCACAAAGAGUGAGUUUGAUAGCUUCGAUGAUGUGCAUCAACUCUAUGAAGGUGGAAUCAAGCUGCCAACAAAUAUAAUUAGCCAAAUUAGCCCCUUACCAGUCCUCAGUGAAAUCUUCCGCACUGAUGGUGAAAGUGUCCUUAAAUUUCCACCACCCCAUGUAACCAGAGUUAGCAAGUCUGCUUGGAUGACUGAUGAUGAAUUUGCUAGGGAGAUGGUUGCUGGGGUAAAUCCUUGUGUAAUUCGCCGUCUUCAAGAGUUUCCCCCACGAAGCACUCUAGAUCCCACACUCUACGGUGAUCAAACAAGCACAAUAACAAAAGAACAGUUGGAGAUUAAUAUGGGUGGGGUCACGGUGGAUCAGGCAAUUGGUAGCUUGAGAUUAUUCAUAUUAGAUUACCAAGAUGCAUUCAUGCCAUUUUUGACCAAGAUCAAUAGCUUACCUUCUGCAAAGGCUUAUGCCACAAGAACAAUCUUGUUAUUGAAAGAUGAUGGGACUUUGAAACCACUUGCUAUCGAAUUAAGUAAGCCACAUCCAAAUGGAGUUCAAUUUGGUGCUGAGAGUAAAGUGGUGUUGCCUGCUAUCGAAGGUGUUGAAAGUACAAUUUGGCUAUUAGCUAAGGCUCAUGUUAUAGUAAAUGACUCUGGCUAUCAUCAGCUCAUAAGCCAUUGGUUAAAUACUCAUGCAGUAAUGGAGCCAUUUGUCAUAGCAACCAAUAGGAAUCUCAGUGUAGUUCACCCAAUUUAUAAGCUUCUACUUCCUCACUAUCGUGACACCAUAAAUAUCAAUGGACUCGCUAGGCAAUCACUGAUUAAUGCAGGUGGCAUUAUAGAGCAAUCAUUUUUGCCUGGACCAUACUCUAUUGAGAUGUCUUCAGCUGUUUACAAGAAUUGGGUUUUCACUGACCAAGCAUUACCCGCUGAUCUCAUCAAGAGAGGACUGGCAGUUGAGGAUCCCACUGCCCCACAUGGCCUUCGUCUUGUAAUUGAAGACUACCCUUAUGCUGUUGAUGGACUAGAAAUAUGGGAUGCUAUUAAGACAUGGGUCGAAGAAUAUGUCUCCUUGUAUUACCCUUCAGAUGUAGCAGUUCAACAGGAUAAGGAGCUGCAAGCUUGGUGGAAAGAAGCUGUAGAAAAGGGUCAUGCAGACUUGAAAGAUAAGCCAUGGUGGCCUAGGAUGCAAACUCUUGAAGACCUUAUUCAUUCCUGUUCUAUAAUUAUAUGGACUGGUUCAGCUCUCCAUGCAGCUGUUAAUUUUGGACAAUAUCCAUAUGGAGGUUUAAUCUUGAACCGUCCAACUAUGAGCAGAAGAUUUAUCCCAGAACCAGGAACUAAAGAAUAUGAUGAGAUGGUGAAGAGUUCUCAAAAGGCUUAUCUUAGAACAAUCACACCAAAGUACCAAACCCUUAUUGACAUUUCAGUGAUAGAGAUAUUGUCAAGGCAUGCUUCUGAUGAGGUAUACCUUGGGCAGAGGGACACAGAUUUUUGGACAUCUGAUUCAAAGGCAAUCGAAGCCUUUGAAAAGUUUGGAACUAAGCUGACAGAAAUAGAGGGGAAAAUCACAGGAAGGAACAAUGAUCCAAGUUUGAGAAAUCGUUUUGGACCAAUUCAGUUGCCUUACACAUUGCUCUAUCGUUCUAGUGAGGAAGGAAUGACUUUUAAAGGAAUUCCCAACAGUAUCUCUAUCUAAAAGGAAUGUUUGGUUUCCUUUUUUAUUUUACUUUCCAAUA